AGUCACGAGAAUCGUCAGUGUGUGGGAUGGACUCUGGCUCUCUUCCCCAAGUUUUCUUCCUGUUACGCCCACAUCGCAACCGAAAGUGUAACUUAUUUUAUCUGUUUCUGUUAGAUUUGUAUAGUAAUUUAGUGAAAUAAAGCCUACAAAUGUAUUACAGAGCACCGUGUUAAGAUGUGAUAUCAUGGUGUCUGCGUUGCUUAUCUUCGGAUAUGCCGCCGUCUUCAUAGUGCCCGUGUUAUCCUGUCGCCCAAAGGAGUAUAAAACAAAUGAUGGACAGUGCUGCCCGACGUGCAACGAAGGUAGAGUUGUUCAGAGAGACUGCACAGCAUAUUCAGGAACUCGGUGCCGUUCAUGUGAGCUGGGGACCUAUAUGAACAAACCCAACGGCCUGUAUAACUGUUUCCCCUGCACUACCUGUGAUACAGGUCAUGGUCUCUCUGUCAAGCAGAACUGUACAGCAACAACUGACACAGCGUGUGACGUUUUAAAUGGAUAUUACUGCAAAGGUUUGACAGACAGUAACGGAUGUAGUUUGGCAGAGAAACAUUCACAGUGUGCAGCUGGUCAGAGGAUAAAAGAACCUGGAACCAGCAGAAGUGACACAGUGUGUGAUGUUUUAAAUGGAUAUUACUGCAAAGGUUUGACAGACAGUAACAGAUGUAGUUUGGCAGAGAAACAUUCACAGUGUGCAGCUGGUCAGAGGAUAAAAGAACCUGGAACCAGCAGAAGUGACACAGUGUGUGAAGACUGUGAGCCAGGAUUCUUUUCCAAGGACGGUGUGAACUGCACAGCUUGGACGAUUUGCUCUGAAAGCCAGAUUAAAGUUGAAGAAGGAAGCUCAACCAGUGACGCUGUCUGUGGAAGCGCAUCAAGACAUCGUUAUGGUUUAAUUCCAUCUGUUGUGCUUUUCCUAAUAGUAAUUUGCCUUGUGAUAGCAGGAUUUGUGAAAGCAUAUAAGAGCAGAAAAUAAUUGCUCAGGGACCACCGAUGAUGUCUGAGACUCGGGUUUCAUGGCCUGAUGGCAGAAUGCGAACCUCGUGUCUGUCAUCUCUCCAACAUUUUAAAGGCAGGAGUGAUGUUCUGACAUUGAUGGUGGCUUCACCUGAUUCGGGACUCACUGUCCAACGUGUCAUGUACCCAGAUGUGCACAGCUGUUUAAUCAAAGUGCCGCUGCAGUCAUCUGUUGAGUGUGCUGACCAGCCAUCACCAGUCCAGUUUUCUCUGCUUGAUGCUCGCUCCAUUACAGACAAACCACUUAUUCUAAAUGAUCUCUUCAUCAAGGAGUCUCCAGACGUUCUGCUCCUCACUGAGACAUCACAGCAGGAUAUGGAUCAUGUUUAUUUUGAGGAAAUCUGGACAGCUGGCAUCUCCAUCAUUGUAACUCGGUGUCUUUCGGGAUGUGGCAGAGGACUUUCUGCUGUGUACCAGCACAGAUUCACAUGCAGGCUGAUGAAGUCAGACGCUAUUUCUUCAUUUACAUUACAGAUGAUUAAGGUUGGUUCUUUGAAAACAUUUUAUUGUAUUUUAAUCUACCGACCUUCUAGAGUCUUUUCAGCUGAAUUCAGCGACCUUUCAUCGUCAGACAUUACAUUGGGGAAGGUUGUAAUUCUGAGAUAUUUUAACCUUCAUAUCGAUGGAUCCUGUAACUCAGCUGCUGAUCUCAUAACAGAGUCUUUGAACUUUAAGCACCAUGUUUCUGGCCCCACACAUAUAAAAGGCCACACGCUGGAUCUUGCUUUCUCCCUGGGUUUAAAAACAAAUGAUGUAUGUGUGAAAAAUGUACGUGUUCGAGACCACGGCUGUAUAUUUUUUAGUCUGUCAUUUGUUCUGGAUCCUUCACUUCAUAAACUGAUGGUUCAAAGGUGGAUUAUAAACCAGGAUCCUGCUGCUAGGGUCCCUGCCUUUUUUGAUGCCAACAUGACUCAUAGUGAUUUUCACACAUUUAUUUUGUCCUUUAACAAUGAAUGUAAGUCUACUUUUAACACACUGGCACCCCUAAAACAAAGAAUUGUCCAAUGUUCAAGUUUUUGUAUUUGGAAAAAUGAACAUAUUAAUUAUUUUAGGAGAUAUUUGUACAAGUUGGAACAUUUGUGGAAGGCUUCCAAGCUCCAGCUUCAUGAGUUACAUGUUAAAGAAUCAGUUUCUUCACUAAAUGACAGGUCAAAAAAUGCCAGAAUAGAGUAUUGUUCUAAUCUUAUUGCUUCAGAAAAGAAAAAUCUUCAAGUCUUGUUUGAUACAAUUAAGAACUUUGUCUCUCAGAAUAUUCCUCAUGCACCAGUGUUUUUAAAGUCUGAGUGCAAUAAGUUUUUGCACUGUUUUGUAAUUAAGCUAAUGAUAAACAGGCUUAAGGACAUGUUUGGGAUUACUGGUGAUGUUUUAAAAUGGCUCAUGUCAUAUCUAUCUGGGAGAUCUUUUAGUGUUUUUAUGAAUCAAGUUAUCUCUGAAGCAACAGUUGUUCCUUCUGGGAUACCUCAGGGGUCUGUUUUGGGUCCGAUUCCUUGUUUGCUUCAUGUGCUCCCUCUGGACCGAAAUAUUAGAACUCAUUCAUGCUGUAUAGAGUCUACUAACUCUUUAAAAGAGCAGCCGAACACAUUUUUGUACAAAGCUUGGUAUUUUAUGUUGUAUUAUAUCUUUAUGAUACAUUAUCCUUUUGUUUCUUGUAUAAUUGUGAGGCAGUUUAUUUGUAAAAAGUUACAAAAUGUAAAUAAAUUUUAGUUACUCUCCUCUCUACUACACUUGAUACUGUGUCCUUGUUUUACAAGAAUAAUUUCAAUUUUUUAUUAAUCAAUAACACUUCAUAAUAACUGUACACUUUUAACAUAAGUAAGGUAUUAGUUUUCAGUCUCCUUCAAAUUUACAGUUCAGAUUAAAGAAAACUUGUAUUCACUUUGUCUAAUCCCAAACAUCUUCCUUGCUUUGCUCACUGUGCAUUUAAAAAUUAGCCUUUAUGAACACUUUAGAGGAUGUGGGGGUGACAGUCCAUCUGUUCUGUUCUCUGUUCUGCUUUUUUUUGCUGUGCUGUUUGUUUUUAAGCCCUGACUCAAUAUACAUGAUUUCCUGCACAUGCCUCAGGCUAAGUACAUGCAUUAUACUGUGGAGUCCAAGUGUUCAGAGAUAUUUAUAGGGAACUACGUCAAGACUUCACCAUUAAUUUUAGGUCAUUUUUAUUCUUCUCAAGAAAGUGCCUGAUUAGUCCCAUAUUCAUUUUACAACAAGACAAGCUCAAAGAUAAGAGUCACAAACAACUACAACCACACUUCCAAACAAGAUGGAAAGAUGUGCAAAAUAUAAAUAAAAACAAUGCAAUGAUACUUACCUGUUGCUAUGUCACCUGAUGAGAUGCAAAAUGUUCCUCCAGCUGUUUCUGUUUGUUGCUACUUAUUUCUUCAGCCUUCUGUUGCACUAAUAGCAAUGUUUUUCAGCGAUCUUGUCAUUGAAAUUUUUUUUUCUUAAAAUAUAAAUAAAAUAUGGGUUUAUGAGA